UAGAGCGGCGAAUAGAGUCGUGGCGUCGUUUGACCGUGCGUAAUUGUCUGUCCAGUCUCCUUCAGUGCGAUUUUGUGCUUCGACACUUUACAUUUGGAGGAAAGACACUGAAGACGAGGGAAUGAUGACAGCGAUAAGAAUGGUUUCAUCAUUGCUGCUGCUGAUGCUGAUGUACUCCGGAGCUCUUUGCGCACGGAGGUUCCGGGGUGGCCGCAACCCACAACCGCGACGCGCACCACCUCCUCCCACGUACCGGGCGGACCGGGUUGACACUACGGAGAGCUUCCCUCUGGAUUUCACCGCUGUGGAGGAGAACAUGGAUAACUUCAUGACACAAGUGAAGAACCUCGCGCAGUCCCUCUACCCAUGCUCCGCGCAGAAGCUCGACUAUGAUAUGAAGCUGAACUUUUUGGAAAAUACAUCAGUCACCUGCAACGACGGGAGCCCCGCAGGGUACUACCUGAAGGAAUCUCGAGGCAGCAGACGGUGGUUGAUAUUCUUAGAAGGUGGCUGGUACUGCUUCAACAAAGAGAACUGUGACACCAGAUAUGAGACCAUGAGGAGACUGAUGAGCUCAUCCAAAUGGCCCCAAACUAAAACAGGCACGGGGAUCCUGUCUCCGCUGCCCGAGGAAAACCCUCACUGGUGGAAUGCCAACAUGGUGUACAUCCCCUACUGUUCGAGUGAUGUAUGGAGCGGUGCUACAGCCAAAACAGAGCAAAAUGGUUAUGCCUUCAUGGGCUCGCUGAUUAUUCAGGAGGUUGUAAAAGACCUGCUGAACAAAGGGCUGGACAAUGCAAAAGUUCUCCUUUUAGCAGGAAGCAGUGCUGGAGGUACUGGGGUCCUUCUCAACGUGGACCAUGUUGCAGAGCUGCUGGAGGGACUGGGGCACACUGGGAUCCAAGUGCGAGGAUUGUCUGAUUCCGGCUGGUUCUUGGACAACAAGCAGUACCACUGCACAGACUGUGUGGACGCCAUCAGCUGUGCACCUACAGAGACCAUCAAGAGAGGCAUAAAGUACUGGGGAGGCGUGGUGCCAGAGAGGUGUAGGCAAACCCAUGAGGGGGAGGAGUGGAACUGUUUCUUUGGAUACCGAGUCUUCCCAUCAAUAAAAAGCCCUGUGUUUGUAGUCCAGUGGCUCUUUGAUGAAGCCCAGUUGACAGUGGACAACAUCCAGCUAACAGGCCAGCCAGUGCAGGAAGGACAGUGGCGCUACAUUCAGAAUCUUGGCAUUGAACUGAGGAACACACUCAAAGAUGUCCCGGCUAUGUUUGCUCCAGCGUGCCUAUCACAUGAAGUUAUCACCAGAAAUUACUGGAUUGAUGUGCAAGUGAAAGGCACCUCCCUGCCCCGAGCGCUGCACUGCUGGGACCGCAGCCUCCACGACAACAGAAACAACAAGGCCCCGCCCAAAGGCUGCCCCGUACACUUGAUUGACAGCUGCCCAUGGCCGCAUUGCAACCCCACCUGCCCCACCAUACGAGAUCAGUUCACAGGACAGGAGAUGAACGUCAUUCAGUUCCUCAUGCACAUGGGCUUCGACGUACAGAAAAUGGCCCAGCAGCAGGGCAUGGACCCCAGCAAGCUACUGGGCAUGCUCAGCAGUGGCAGCUAAAGGGACGCACGUACACACAGCAUCUCCAAGCUAACGCCAAGCAGGGCUGACUGGUCUCUUUGUCCGGUCUCCCCUGCCUGAUACCUCCAACUAAUACUCCAUCUUCACAACCCAUUCUACCUUUAGUCUAGUCCACUCUGACCUCCUGUUUACUGUAGUGCAAGACUCAGUCAGACACAGGGGCUUAGGUUUGUUCUACAACCCAUUACCUGACAACAGGUGACAAAUACUGGGGCAAUACGCCACCAUGGCAAGGCACAACUCUCGGCUACUCUGCUUAAAUUAUCUUUUGCUUUGUAAAAGAAAAAAUAUCUCGAAUGUAAUCCAGUUUUAAGGAUGCUCAUUGAUGUUUUCUUUUCUUUGAUAUUACUUUCAUCCUUUUAGAUUAAAUUUAGUUGAUGUUCAUGAAAGAAAAUGCCACAAUGACAUAAGAAUGCUGUUUUUCUAAGUAGUCACUAGAAUUGAGAAGUUGUAUAUUGGUUUAAGUGUAGUGUACUUGGGUGCUAAAAACAUCUCAUUACACAAAAUUAAACACUAAGGCAGAUAUUGGGACACAACAUUGUGAGAAAAACACCAGAUUCAUCUUAAAUUUGGUACUCAUCCCUCAUUAGAAAGAGGUAAAUGACACAAAUCUAUGGAAGCCCAGAGCUGCCAUGCUUAAGAUGAUUUAUCGUAUGUCAUUAUUUCAAAGUCAAAAAUUGAAAUGUUAUCAUCAUUAGGGAAAAAGCUGUUUUCAUCUUCAGAUAAUUAACCUAAUAUUAGGGUAAAGAGGGUUGUUUGCCCUUCUUUCUCUCAGUUUGUAUUAGCGAUUAUAAAGCCUUACAGUUUAACUGUACAAAAACAAAGGCCUAAAUCUGGUAAAAGUUGUAUCCAGUCUUUUUGUAAGGAAAACAUUUAUGUGAAAUCCCAAUCACUGAAGGAGACUUUCCAUAGAUUAUUCCAGAAAGUCAUAUAAUUGAUCAUUUUAGGCAGAAAUCUGAAGUAAUGAAAUAGACACACUGAAUUGUCCCAUAAUCCCAAGAGUUGUACUUUUGUCAAAUAAUCUUGAAUUUUCCUGUUAAAAAAAGGCAUUGUUUAUUUGGGAAAAAUAUCUAAAGUUUGAUCUCAACAUUUGAUAUCAACAUAAAAAGUAUAUCUGGAAGUGUGGCUGUUCUAGGCCUCUGUACAAUCUGUGCUAGUCCACUUGUGUUAUUUGGCUGUGUUGGGUUAACACAGUCUAAUCAUAUUCAGGCUACUGAAAUUGAAGCUGCAUGCAAACAAAUAUCAGAAACUUUUCCAGUUUAUUAUUACUGGCAAAAAGAACAAAAGCAUGUGUUAAUAGAAAAUAUCUCUGUGAAAAUAUCUCGCAUUCCUGACAGUUCAAAUUGACGUCAUAUUUUUGGUUCCGACGGCUGUGAACAUGCCAUUAUCGCCCAGUUUAAAUAUCACCUGAAACUGUGGUGCUAAAGUAGAUCUGGAAAUUAUUUUAGGUCUCUUAGUACCUUCUUAUUCACCAAGGUGCCAUUACAUCUAGUCUAUACCUCUUUAUCAUUGGUCUUAUCAUCGCGAGACGACUGUUCAACCUGAUCACAGGGUACACAUUCAUGUUUAAUCACCUCAGUAGAUCAGCACUCCUCAGAUCAAUGCAAUGAACAUUUAAAGGGAGACAAAUAUCGUGUAUUGUAUAUUUUUUUGAGUAUUUGUAUAGGUUCUUUAAAGUGUUCACUAAUGUAACUCCCUUCUUAUAUUUCAUAAUAGAGAUCACUUUUUAAUAUAAUGACAAUGUUGUAUGUAAUGAUGUCUUUAUAAAUGAUGUUUUUAAAGGACCUCUAUUUCGCAUCACU